UGCUUUCAUUAGUUCUCAUGACAUCUCGGGUAGUCGGAACGGAAUUUUCAAGAGGAACGGUUGGUUGAACCACAAGAGAGCUCGGUUCGGAUUGGCAUCGGGUUCGAGUCGAUCGAAAUCAGACCCGGUUAAAUCGCAGGGAGCUCGAGAACGCAAUCCAUCGAAAGGAAGCAGGCAGAAGGGGCUGAACCACCAUGGACGACGGCGAUAUCCCGGCGACCUCCAGGGCCUCGUCCGAGCCUUCCGCCAGUGGAGGUGGCGGGGUGAAUGGCACCGAGGGACCUGCUGCCGGCCACGAGGGGUGGGACGCCCUGGCACGGGGGAUCGCUUCGACGCUGGGGGCCGUGAUGAGGGAGUUCGAUUCCAGAGCGGAGGGUACCGCCCGGAGACAGGACGAGCUCUCCCUUUCUCUAGAUCGCCUCACAGGAGAACUAGACAUAUUGUUAGAAGAUGCACCUUUGCCGUUCAUUAUGCAAUAUGCUGCCAAAAUCUCCUCUCUCUGCAAAAGGGUUUCAGCGCUGAACUUACUUUUGAAAUCGAUUCAGAGGCGCAUUGAUAACAUGGACCAAAUGCUUUCUACUGGCUUACCCACUGAUAACCAUCAAUUGACAGAGCAGUCACUUCAUUAUUGACUUGCAAUUCAGGUACUUUGAUUUCUUUGAUCGACAUUCUAAAUUUUGAUUAUGUUUCUUUGAUGUCUCAUUCGUGUAGGUUAUUAUUCUUUGUAUAAAUAGUGUAGCUGCAUUUGUUUUCACAGAUGAUAGCUACUUAUUGUUAAGAGUAAAGUGAUGUAUGUCGUACAGGGCUCAAACUUUGUCAUCUUUAAUGCUGUGCUUUUUCAUUAUCUACUAUCCAAAAGAUUUUUCGUCCUUUCUUCGCC